AUGGAUGCCCUCGGGAGGAUUGAAGAGCUGGAAAGGCUGUUGGAGCUUGCUCACGCUCAGCAACAAGAAGCGGAGCGGCGGAUCGAAGAAGAGCGACGACGCGCCGAAAAACAACAAGAGGAAGCGGAGCAGCGGAUCGAAGAAGAACGACAACGUGCCGAAGAAGAACGACAGCGUGCUGAAGCGUCGGAGAGAGAAACGCAACGAUUGACGCUCGUCGAAUACUUGGGAGACUCACACGUCCUCGCGUACGCGAAACUAACUGUCGAAAUGAACCCCAACCUAACGUCAAAGGGCUCCAUCACCAACCCGCGCGAUAAAUGGUGCCCCAACGAGCUGGCACCGUGGGCCGACUUCCUUGACGAACAGAAGGAUGUUUUCGGAGCCCUCUUCGCCACAUUUCCCACCGAGCGACGUCUCUUCGAGAAUCGAGCUUUUCUCAUUGGUUUAGGGGAAAGGAUUGCCCGCCGGCCGAUAGCAGAUGAAAAGAUGCUGGAAAGGUUCCUGCACGAGGCCGUCGAGGAUCCAGUCCGAGCCAUCGUAGAGGAGCUCAAGCAGGUCAAUGAUGUCAGGAGUGUCUUUGACCUUGGCAACGGCAUCGUCUUCGAGAACCAUCCUCAUGCGAUCAGUGACGUGGCUGAGGAGGUUGUCGAGAGAGAGGGACCGCCGGCGCUGCCACAGACGCCCGACCACCGACGAGACCUAGGCCUACUACGACCCGAUCAGAUUUGCAUAUAUCGAUCCGACGAUGAUCUACCGGAGUGGCGCCGCAUGCUGCACGUCGAAGAGUAUAAGCCACCCCACAAGCUGUCUCUUCCGCUACUUCGCGUCGGCCUUCGCCCCAUGAACAUCUACAAAGAGGUGGUUAACCGAAAGACGAUCCCGAAGCCAGCGGAUACAAAGGAGCGAUUCCAAUACAACGCGGAAAAGCUGACGGCAGCCGCCGUAACGCAGACGUAUCAUUACAUGAUCGAAAGCGGCCUUGAGCAUGGGGUUUUGACCACUGGCGAAGCCUUUAUAUUCUUCAAGAUUGACUGGAAAUGUCCCCAAAGACUUCAAUAUCACCUUGCUGAGCCUGUCCCGGAGGUUCUGGCACAUCCGGAAAACGCUCACCUCUGCACAGCCGUCGCCCAGUAUCUAGCCUUCACACUCAUGGCACUGGGUUCGCCUGGGGAACGCCGUGGACAUGGCCAGGAGGAACGUGGCAAGGCCAUGGAGGGUUUGAAGACAUGGACUGUAGAUUUCGAAAGCACCUUACGCUCCAUUCCCAAAGACGAGCGAACGGUGUCGCCGGACGACUCAUCUGAGUACCGACCUACUACUUACAAAAACGUUGAUCGGACACCAUCCGUUCCCCGAAGGCGAACUAGGCGAACCGCUGCAGUUGAGGUCAGCGACAGCAUUUUACGGCGGGAUGACAGGCGCGAGCCAUCGGACGACGAGUCAGCGCCAGGACCGCCAGAUACGCCCACGCCAAGCGCGCCAACUGCUAGGCUGGGAUCUCGACGGAGCCAACGGAUAGCGCUUCGGCUCCGAUCAAGCGGCCGAGAGAGUGGUCAAGGCCAAGGUCGGCAGUACUGUACGCAACAAUGCCUUCUCCGUCUCAAGACAGGCGGUUAUCUCGACCUAGAUUGCCCAAACGCAGUUCUGCAUAAGGCGACUGCUGGCGGAAAAGGCUGCCCCAAUGGUCGCAUCCGUCAUCCAAUAUCCUACCAGAAAUGGUUUGAACAUCUCAGAAAACAGCUGGUCUACUCCCUUGACGACGGCAUCGUCCCGCUGGGGAUGGGUGGAGCGCGUGGGGUACUUUUCCAGGUGACCCUGCUAAAGUAUGGCUACACUUUUGUCAGCAAAGGCACGGUACGGGCUUUCAUCCCAGACCUUCAACACGAAGCUGCAGUGUAUAAACGGUGCAGGGCAUACCAGGGUGAGAAUAUGCCAGUUUUCCUAGGUGAAAUUGAUCUAAGGUCGAUGCGCAAAACGUACUAUUAUGCACACCGGGUGUAUGUAGUAUACAUGGCAUUCAUGUCAUGGGGCGGUCACUGCGUCGACAAAGUCCAGCUUGGUAAUGACGGGAUGAUGCAGCUUGAGGCCAAGACACGGACAUCGUUGACCACUCUGCAUCGAAGAGGCGUGAUCCACAAGGAUAUACGAGCGGCCAACAUUUUAUAUGAUCCACGAACUGACAAUGUCUUGUUAAUCGACUUUGAGCGAGCUGCGCUGCUCGACAAACCACGACAUCCGUUAGCGCCGUUAGUACCAAACAAGCGGAAAUCGAGGUCAGGUGCGUCGCAGGAUACGAAGGUGACGGGACUGGCAGGCGACCGAGAACGAUCAGAGCAAGGUCGUCGAAACGACCUUGCGAUGUUGGAGGCUGUGUUUGGGUCGGCACACUCCCAUUAUGUCUGA